GAGUUACACUUUCGGUAUUAAGCUACACAACUCUUCGUCUUUCAACUGCUGUGUACUUUAUCUGACCAGUAAAAGCGGUUACAUACCGGUAUUAAAGUAAAUAUUAGCUGAACUGUAACUGAAACGCCCUUCCCCGGCUAGCUUUAACUAAUUCAGCUAAGCUAACUCCUUCAUGGCACCUCUCCGGGUCCUGUGCAUCCACGGUUACCGUCAGAACGGCAGCUCGUUCCGGAUAAAGACGGGAGCUCUGCGGAAGCUGUUGAAGAAACACGCGGAGCUCGUUUACCUGAGCGCGCCGCACUGUGUGCAGCAAGCCAGCGGUGAAGCUCUGGAGAAGGAGGAUGGACCUGGAGGCGACGAGGACUUGAGGGGUUGGUGGUUUUCUGAUGUCCAGGCUCGGAGCUUUAGUGCUCAGCAGCAGUGUGAGGACAGCCUGGGGCUCGACGAGAGCGUGGAGGCUGUGAGAGAAGCCGUGAAGACCCAAGGUCCAUUUGAUGGCAUCCUGGGCUUUAGUCAGGGAGCAGCUUUUGUGGCCAUGUUGUGCUCUCUUCAGGAGCAAAAGCUGGAGCCAGAAUUCAGCUUCCGCUUUUCCAUCCUCGUCGCUGGUUUCCGCAGCGGAUGUGAGGAGCACAAGAAAUUCUACAGCCCUCCCCUCCAGAUCCCCUCGCUGCAUGUGUUUGGACUGGAAGACCAAGUCAUCCCCGACAACAUGAGCAGGGAGCUCCUCCCCUCCUUCCAAGACCCUCAGGUCUUGACACAUACUGGUGGCCAUUUUGUCCCGGCUCCAUCUGCUCACAGACAAGCCUACCAGGACUUUCUCACGAGGUUCCAGUCAGAAACCAAAGUUUCAGAAACUCGGUCAGGUGCUGAAUAAGUGAAGAGCCGCGAAUCAGACUCAAGCGCUUAAAUAAGGCUGAAGAAUUUUGAUUAUGUAAUGUUCAAAAAUAAAUCUUGUGAUCUUGUGUGCCAUAAUUGAUUCUAGAGGUGCUCUGGGUAAAAAAAUGCAAAGUUCAUGUCAUGAGUAAUGGCUUCUGAUCUUAUCUGUCCAAAAUAGUGCAAUGACUGCUGUCCUUCUCAGGGAAGAUGUGUUGUAACAGACAAUAAAAUAAAGUGACGAUUGUUUCUUUCUUUCAAGUCACCUUUAUUAAGACUCUAUUGCUUAAAUCAUUGCUAAUGCAUUACUUAACAUAUAUUUAAAUUCAUCAUAGCAGAAAAAACAUGUGUAACUAUCAUGAUGGCUUUGUUACAAUAUAAACUGAAUUUCAAAUGCUGCAAGGCGAUCCAACAAGUACUUUGUU